UCUAUUUAUCAUCCAAAGACAAUGUUACCAAGAGAAUGUUUCACUUGCAUGCUUGCUUCCAAGUUGCAUCAAUCACAUCAUGGAUCUUCGAGAUGUCGAAAAGGAUUUCGACCCAACCGUCGCCCCUAUCAAUUAUGAAUAUCUCGAUCACACGGCCGAUGUUCAAAUCCAUGCCUGGGGUAAAGAUUUGAAAGAAGCGUUCGAACAAUGUGCUAUGGGUGUAUUCGGUUAUAUAACCGAUUUGAAGACAGUUUCCAUUGAAAAAUAUGCCGAUGUUGAAGUUACUGGUGGCGAUGAUGAGAGCAGUAUGCUGUUUCGUUUUCUCGACGAUGUCCUUUUCCUAUUCAAUGCUGAGCCAUUCCUCAUUCCCAAGAAAAUCGAAAUAUUGGAAAUGAAUUGGCAAGAAUUUCGCAUUCGGGCUCGAUGUUAUGGCGAGGUAUUCAAUCUGGACAAACACCCGCAAGGAACCGAAGUGAAAGCAAUCACCUAUUCCAACAUGCAGAUUCAUAAAAAGGAUGAUCGCGUUGAUGUCUAUGUUAUAAUUGAUAUCUGACCAUUUUUCCUCCAUCAUUAAAUGUUAUUCAUUAUCAUGUCAAA